AUGGCGACCCGUUGCGAGCUUUUCUACGCCCUGGUUCUUCUCUCCAUUUUUCGUGGAGGUAAGAUCUCUCUCUCCCUCUCUCUCUCUCUCUCUCUCUGUACCCCCACCCCCAUUCCCUCCCUCCCUCCCUCCCUCUUUCUCCCUCUCUCUCUCUCCCUCCUCUCUUUCUCCCUCUCCCUCUCUCUGUCUCCCUCCCCUCCCCUCCCCCCCCCCCUCGGCGCUGAGGAAAAGCGUGAACAUGGCGGAACAGGUCAGUCGCAGCCGUGCACAACAGCCAACAUCAAGGUGACGCAGAGGACUACGGCGGAAUGGGCUCACGGCAACCCUGUGUACGAGGUCGAGGUCUCCAAUGGCUGCAUCUGCUCCCAGUCAAUGGUCUUACUUCGCUGCCGCGGCUUCGACACCACCCUCUCCGUUGACCCUUCCGUCUUCCGCCAGCUACGCCCCUCCGAGGCCGGCGGCGUCCACGGUCUCUGCGUGGUCAAUGGCUUCCAGCCGAUCUUCCAGGGAUCUCCUGUCAAGUUCCGGUACGCGCGAGGAUCUCCUAUUGGUCUGACUGCGGACAGCUCCGAGGUCAACUGUUCGUAG